UAUAUUGCUGAUUAUUCGACAAAUAUGAUACUUUUAAGAUCAACAUAUGAAGAUCUCCCAUCAUUCUAUCUUUGCAAACCAAUGGAAAAUCAACGAAAGAACGAAUUUAAUGGUUUCGAUGAAAAUGAGGUACCCUUGCAUAUAACAUUAUGGAAAAUAAACAUCACCAAAUACAACACGAAUCCAGGAGCUAUAGCGGAACUGGAAAAUACAAUCAAAGACUAUGUUCUUCAUCUGAAAAAAUUGAACCAUCCACACAUCGUUAGCUUUGAGAGCGUAAUUUUUGAUAUGAUUGACGGCUACUUGGAUGUCUAUUUGGCACGAAAAUCUAUAAAUGGUAUAUCCUUUAAAGUGAUGCAAAAAUUUGGUUGGCCAAAUCAAAAUGUUACACAACUUGCACGGACAUUAUUACAAGCAUUGUUCUAUCUGCAUUCCAAUGAUUUUAUACAUGGUAAUAUAAACGAGACGUCGAUUUUCAUCGAUGAAAAUGGUAAAUGGAAAGUAGCCGAUUUCUGUAUCACUCCAUAUUUGAAUCAUUUAACUGCACAUGAGGAAACAGACUACAUUGAACCAAAUAAAAUGUCAGAUUGCAUACAAAUGGGUGAGUUGAUUGAAUCACUGGGAGCCACUACGUUUGAUGCAGACGAUUUUGUAAGACAUUGCAAAUCAAAUGCUAGCAUGCAAGACCUCUUCGAACGUCCACUUAUUAAGAGUACCAGUAAAUUCAUAAACAGUUUCAUUGAUGUAAUAAAGUUGGGUUCUGGUACUUUUGGAGAAGUGCUACAUGUUUUUGAAACCAACGUAGAAAGACAUUCGGCGAUUAAGCGUAUUAAAAUCUGCGACAAAAGCUCAGCAGAUGGCAGGUUUACUUUUGAAGAAGCUUUGCGAGAAGCUAAAACACAUUCAAUGUUAUCACAUAAAAACAUUGUUCAAUUUUUCACCAAUUGGAAGGAAACAAUGAAUGAAUCGGAUACUUCUCCCAUCGAAUAUAUGGAAGUUGAUGAUUUGGAAUCUCCAUGUAGACACCCAGUGUACCGCAAAUGCGAGAAGAAAAUCCAGGUCAUGUACAUUCAAAUGGAAUUAUGUCAUCAGGAUUUAAGAAAAGCAAUAAAUGAAGGACUCAGUAAUGACAUGACACGUAUAGGAAGAUAUUUGUUUGGAAUCACGGAUGGUUUAAAAUAUAUUCACUCAAAAAAAUUGAUCCAUCACGAUCUAAAGCCUGAAAAUAUCUUCCUAACCAAAGAUGACGUGAUUAAGAUAGGCGAUUUUGGACUAGCCACUCCCCGCCUUUCAAGGUCCACAGAAAGAUGUGGAACACCAAUUUACAUGGCCCCAGAAAUCGGUGUGAUGCCAUUAAGACCACGAGCAGAUAUGUAUUCAUUGGGAAUCAUUUUAUUUGAAAUGUGCUACGCAAUGCAGACAUACAAUAGGCUAGCAACGUUGAAUAAAAUACGUGAAAAAGGAGCACCAAUCGAAGCAUUCAUAAAUAUAUCGUCCGAAUUUUAUGAGGUUAUAAAAAAUCUUUUGAACCAUGAAGUCGAAAAACGUUACAUGGCCAUUAAAAUUUUGGAAAAAUUUCCCCAUUAUAGACGUUAAUUGGAAGUUACUUCAAAGAGGUGCACACCUUUAUAAUUUCAUAAAUUGACAAUUUUGUCGAAAUUUGUAUUGCGUACGUUCAAUAUAUGAAAGUUUAAUUGUUUUGUUUGUAGCUCUUAAUAUCAAGAUUUAAAAUGACUG